UCCGUCAUCAUUCCGUAGUUAGCAGGUCAGCGCCGUAGGAACACCGAGCGAGCUAGUGAUUGUAGGCCAGAGUAGCGGAGUGCGUGAUUGUUUGGUUUAGCUAGCUGACUGCAGUUUAAGUAUUAGUCUAGAGUUCAGCAUGGCUGAUAAAAUGGAUAUGUCUUUGGACGACAUAAUCAAGCAAAACAGGCAGCAACGUGGGGGUGGAGGGGGCCGCGGAGGUAGGGGAAGCCGAGGCCGGGGUGGUUCGGGCGGCGGACGAGGCGGUGGCGUCGGCCGACUUGGAGGUGGAGGCGGCUUUGGGGGCCGCGGCGGAGGAUCUGGCCCUAUGCGGAGUCGACAGAACCUGAGCCGGGGUAGAAGCCGACCAACGCCGUACAGCAGGCCCAAACAACUCCCGGACAAGUGGCAGCACGACAUGUUCGACAGCGGCUUCAGCACGGGGGCCAGCACUGGUGCGGGCGUCGAGACCGGGGGCAAACUCCUCGUUUCCAAUCUCGACUUUGGGGUGUCGGACGCCGACAUUCAGGAGCUGUUCGCAGAGUUCGGCACGUUGAAGAAGGCGGCUGUGCACUACGACCGGUCGGGACGCAGUCUCGGUACCGCAGACGUCCACUUCGAGAGGAAGGCAGAUGCACUCAAGGCCAUGAAGCAGUAUAAUGGUGUUCCCCUGGAUGGAAGACCAAUGAACAUCCAGUUGGUCACAUCACAGAUCGACACACAGAGGCGGCCUCCGAUGCAGGGGCUGAACCGAGGCGGGGGGGUCAUGAGCAGGAUCCGCGGCGGGGGCUUCACGGGGACGCAGAGGCGGGGGACCCGCGGCGGAGGCACCCGGGGCCGAGGCCGGGGCGGCGGAGGAGGGGGCAGGAGCAACCCCAAACAGCAGCUGUCUGCUGAGGAGCUGGACGCCCAGCUAGACGCCUACAACGCCAGGAUGGAUACCAGCUAAGAUCUGUCCCAGCUGUGUGCCAGGAGAUGGGGAAGCGGUUUUUACACUCUGCAGUCCUCUGAUUUGUUUUAAAAUUUGUGUAACUAUUUUAUUUCUCCUUUUAAAUGCUCUGUUUUUGUACUAUUUUUUGGAAAUAAUUGACUGGUUGUCUGACUGUAGGGUGGAGGGGGAUGGUUGUUGCUUUGCCUCUCUUUAGAUUCCUGUAAUAAACCUGCAGUAUACAUUAACCACA